UGUGACCGUGACAGACUAGUGAUCUUUUAAGUGUCACAUCAGUGCAGCCAUAUGUAAAGCAGAUAAGAGUUCCUGUGUGUGUGUGUUGUGGAUUUAAUUUCAGAAGCGACUGAAGAAAGCUGCGGUAAAUACCUAAACCCAUGGGCCUGAAACAUUCCAACCCCCAGUUGUUCCCAGGGGACAUCGUGGAGUAUCGCAGGAACAAAUACUUCUCUCAUUUUGCAGUGUACUACGGAGAGAGGGAUGGAGUUCCUUACGUCGCCCACCUGACAUCUCGAGAUUCAGACUCCAAGCUGCCGCUCUUUGGCCGCGCUCUGAGGUCAGAGGUCAAACUGGAUCCACUGGAGCUGCUGGGGAAAAAAUACAAGGUCAGCAACAUGCUGGACGACUUGUUCUCGGCCCGGGACUUUCACACGGUGGUGAAGCCGGCCAUCGACGACAUGAUGGGGCGCGAGGUGACGUUCGAUAUCCUGUUUCAUAACAGCGAGCACCAGGCGACGCUUUUCAGAUACGGAGUCAAGAAGUCUGAACAGAUCGAGAGAAUUUACGAACACAUCAUGCCGGCCUGGAAGAAGCUGUUUGAGGAGAAAAAACUCUGAACAAUGCUUUACGUUCAGUUCUCAUCUCGACCACCAGAGAGCGACAUUGUUCUGACUUCAAGGAAAAUGGUCCUGCAUUAAGAGGAAGAACCAGAUAUUUAAUGUAUAUUAACAUGAAAAUUUGAGUAAAAACAACAUUUUAAAGGUCAUUAUUCAGAGGAAAAAAUAACAUAUUACAAGAAAAAGUUGUAAUAUGAGCUCUUAAUGACUUUAUUGUGACUUUUUUGCUAAAUAUUUACUUUGUUCUUGAGAUAGAAAGUCUCAAAGCAGUCUGAAAGCAGCUCAAGAAAAGUGACGUCGCUCCAGGUUACAAAGGGUUGAUUCAGUUUUCAUCUAUAAUUUCUUACAUCAUUUUCCCAUCUCACUACGUUCCUCUUCUUAAUAUUGGAGUAUUUGUUUUGUUGUCUUUUUUCUUAUUUAAACCUCCUGUCACAUAAAGCUUUGUCUACAUUUCCAGACCAGUUGAAUAAAUCUGAGCCUUAUUCUC